CCACGAGGAAUGUAUGAACGAUGUGUACCGCAUUCGUGAAGACUUUGAUAUCUCUAUUUAUAGUGUGUCAUAUUAAAUCAGUUCAUUGCUGUGGAGCCCAGAAUCCUGUUAACGUAUCUAAUUCUAUUGAACAAAGUGAUACAGUUAGUGAUGAGGAGCGGUAUAUCAUUAAGAAAUUCACUGUUCCGGUGGACCAUUUUAAUUUCUCUCUGAACAAGACAUUUGAGAUUAGAUAUCUCGUCAAUGACACGUGGCAACGUGGGGAAAAUCCGCCAAUAUUUUUGUACACUGGGAAUGAACUGUACAUUGAGGAGGCCGUUGGGGCUGCGGCCUUCAUUUAUGACAUCGCACCGACAUUCGGCGCCCUGAUAGUCUUCGCAGAACACCGUUACUACGGCGAGUCGCUUCCCUUCGGAAACGAAUCCUUCUUGAAUGUGGAGAACUGGGGCUACUUGACCUCCCAACAAGCUCUCGCCGAUUACGUCGACCUGAUUGAGUUUCUUCGAUCGAAUUCUUCGAUGAAACAUAGUCCAGUGAUAACUUUUGGGGGUUCGUACGGGGGAAUGCUGAGUGCAUGGAUCCGCAUGAAAUAUCCUCACGUUGUUCAAGGUGCUAUAGCUUCAUCAGCACCAGUGUUCCAGUUCCACGGUGUACGUGAUUGUGAGCCGUAUUUUCAAGUUGUCACUUCAACAUUCGAAGCGGUUGACUCUGAAUGUCCUAAACGAAUUCGGCAAUCAUGGAGUGCGAUAGACAAUAUGACAGCCACGGAUGAAGGCCGAAAAUGGUUAUCAACAGAAUGGAAACUGUGCACUCCUAUAACAAACAAAACCCAUAUCGCCCAAUUGAAAAGGUGGUGGCAACGUCGUUACACAUCUCUCGCAAUCACGAACGAUCAGUAUUCCACGCCAUCAUACACAUUGAAGCAAAUCAAUGAAAUCUGCGCACAUCUGAAGAAUACGACCGAAGAUUCCGAUAUUGGAGUUUUAUCAGCGUUAGGAUUGACGACGAAAAGUUUCGUAUACUUUAACGAGGAUUGCAUCAGCAUUGCCGACGAACCGAUCGUGGACCAGCAAUGGCACUAUCAGGUGUGCACGGAGUUGGUAAUCAACCUUUGUACGGAUGGCGUCCGCGAUAUGUUCUACCCUGAGCCAUUCAAUUUUGAAGAGUUUUCCGAUGAGUGCCAGAGGAAAUUUGGUGUCACUCCUCAGCCGGGAUUGGCCUGCAAGAUCUACGGAUGCUCAGAUUUCAACGCAGCUAGUAAUAUUGUGUUCAGCAACGGGUUGUUGGAUCCGUGGCACGUGGGAGGUGUCUUGAAAAAUGUUUCUGACUCAGUGAUUGCUGUAAUUAUUCCUGAAGGGGCGCAUCAGUUCGAUUUGGCAGGGAGCCGUCCGGAGGAUCCGAAAUCUGUCAUUGAAGCCCGGAAUGUUCACAGAACUUUUAUCUCGAGAUGGAUUCAACAAUACCGUGAAAUCCCUAUGAGGACUCCAGUUUCGAGUGAUUAAUCACUCCAUGCAUUAUCCAUUACAAUUGACUCUCCCUAGCUCUCCACUUUCGGGGCUCGAUAUUCGAGAAACGAAAGCUGAGGGUUGCCACUUCCCUACGCUUAAGGAUUUAUUACCCCCUUUUCGCCAAAAUUCAUGUUUUUUUAACUUUUCUGGUAAUUGUUGAUCGGAUUGACGUGAAAAAUUAUACCGUUUUUGCGUUUUAUCAUUACUUGAUGACUCACGAAAUUUCAUGAUCGUGCAAUUAUUUCCCUGCGGUUUUUCUCAAACUUUUCGGAAAUUCACAAAACUAGAAAAAAUGCAGGGUAAUUAUUGCAGUGCGAUGAAACUUCGUGAGUCAGUCAAUAAUGAUAAAACGUAAUAACAGUAUAUUAUUUCGCGUUAAGCCGAUCAAUAAUUUUCCAGAAUAAUGAAAAAAACGUGAAUUUUGGCCGAGAGGGUGUAGUACAUCCUUAAGGGGAGUGUCUUACGACAGAGACGUCGCGACUAUUCGAGCGAAAAUGCUAUAGCCAUCUCCAUGUCCCAAAACACACUUUCCCCCCGAGGCUGUCUCCUGUGCGUAGUGGGGGCGAUGUUCUCCUCGCUGGGCGACUCCCGAAGAACUAGAGAAGUGAAGAGCUAAGGAGAGUCGCCUUUAAAGCCCCGAUGACGGUUGGAUCUAUUCCUCUAUAGAGGAAACUGAUAUGUCAAGAUUGUUCAAUGGAACAAAUGAGACUUUUUCGUUUCUUCUUUCAUCAUCUUGAGUUCACAGACAACCGCAGAGGCCGGUAAACCUAAUGUCUCAUCACACAUCAUUCACAAAGAAACUUAAAUUCUAGAGAAGUCCUAUUUCUUCCAAUAAAAUAAAUCUCACGACGAGAUAACUGGUAUUCACUAUUAAAUCAUGUUUAUUUGAAAAUUAACAACAAAAUGAUAGUUGGUCCAAAUAAAAUUUUCUUGGUAAAACAUUUUUUUCUGUCAGUGUGUGAGGGAUUAACGAGAAAAUGGUACAAAAACGCAUCAUCAUCCAGCGGAAGGAAGUCUAAAGAAUGAACAAUAAAUGGAAAUCAUGUCAGGAAAAUGUGAAAAAGCAUUAAAUUACGUCUUUCCGUCAUUGGGAAGAUCAGCAUCCCUUCAAUUUCAUGUCGACUUAUUCUUCCAAU